CCCGGAUUACAAGUAUAAAGGCGCCAUUGUGCCGCUUCGUCAUCUUCAUACCUCCGUUUCCGUAACUGCGUUUUUCAGGAUUACGGAUAUGAAAAUGAGCGAAAAAUCUGGAAGAUUUAAAUAUUUCUCCAAGUUCAGUGGAUUCACCGUCGCCGCUGCCAAGCCGAAAUGCAUUAUUUCUUCAUCGGAAAGCUGUUACUUGCCGGAAAUGGAUCCCGGAAUCUGGAGCCGACUACCUCCUGAACUCCUCGAUCACGUACUCUCUUUUCUCCCUCUCAGAACCUAUUUAAACCUGAGAUCGACUUGCAAGCGUUUCGAUUCCCUCUUGUAUUCUCCUUCUUUCGUCUCUAAGCAUUCCGAUUCUUCUUUCUCUUCCUUCCUCUUGCUGGCGCAUCCUCAAUGUUUCAGUCAGUUUCCUCUGUACGACUCUGCUCUCGGCACUUGGCGGAGCUUGCCGCUCUCUCUUUCCGUUCCGCUUCUUUCCGCUACUCCUUCUACUGUUCUUCUUUCCAUAGCUGACGGCCUCGUUUGUUUCUCUCUUCGCAAUUCGUGCUCCUUCAUUGUCUGCAAUUUCUUGACUAAAUCGUCGAGACUGAUCGAGUUUCCGUAUCAUCCAUUCAGAUUCGAGCUGCUCACGUUGGUGUCCGUACCCCUAGGGUACAAGAUUUUCACGCUCUUCGCUGAUUCGGCUUUGGUUUUCGAUUCCAGGAAUCACUCGUGGCGAAAAUUCAACAAUUUCGAGGCGAUUCUCGGGGAUAAUCAUCGCCAAGAAGCAGCGUGCUAUAACGGCCAUUUGUAUUUUGUUACGCCAAAACCAGUUUCUAUUGUUUCCUUCGAUUUGGAUAGUGGCGAGUGGGAGGUAACCGAUAUUGUAAUGCCUGAGGAGCUGACGUUUGUUAGAUUAGUGAGCGAUGGAGAUAGGAAACUGUACAUGAUCGGUGGAACAGGGAGGAAUGGGAUCUCGAGGAGGCUGAGAUUAUGGGAGUUCUCGGAAGAGGGGAAUUGGGUGGAAGUUGAAAGUGUGCCACAGAUGUUUUGCAAGAAGUUCAUGUCGAUUUGCUACCACAAUUACGAGCAUGUGUAUUGCUUUUGGCAUCAAGGAACCAUCUGUGUUUGUUGCUACACUUGGCCGGAGAUUUUGUAUUACAGAUUUUGCAGGAGAUCAUGGCAUUGGGUACCCAAAUGCCCUUCUCUACCGGAGAGAUGGAGCUGUGGUUUCAGGUGGUUCUCUUUUGUGCCACAGUUGUGCGCAUCUGCCUGAUUUAUUCGUCUAAGGGAGUUCUUGAAUCUGCCAGCCCUCAGCCUUUUCUACAGACACUACCCAUUUGGCAUGGCUCAGGGAUUUGAUUACCUAACAUUUUAAUCUAUGAUAUGUAUCUAUUCAAGUUGAACUCAGCAAGCCGAAAAUCAGUUCAUCAAACUUACAUUUUUGCAAUCUAUGUUCUUCUUGUACAAUUUGAAUACAAAUUAUACAAAAAAGGAAA